AAAAAAAAAAAAAAAAGAUAUGGAAAGGGUAAUUGAUCAAUCACUUGGUGUACCAAUCAUCUGCUAUGAUCACGAGCCGCGUUCACGGGGUCAGCUACCCGAAGUGAUGGAAUCUAUUCUUCUUCAACGACCACAACAGUUAUUCAACUCUGAAACGACAAGUUUAUCAGGGAAGGAUGACGCGAAGGAAAAUCUCCCACCUAUCUUCAUUGGAAAUGAAGGUCCAUCCGUGGUCGUCAAACUCACUGUCUGUGUUAUCGCUUUCAUUGUUAUGGUUAUUUGCUUGUGUUUUCUUUUCGUAUAAAUUGGAUAUUUGCUUGUUCUACUUUUUACCUCUUUACCAAUCGUUUCCGUUAAAAUUCUAAAGCCAACAAUUAUUACGUAGGGUACAUCAUUUUCAGCGGACACUUUCGACUGCAUAAUACUGCUCCCACUUUUUCAUCAAUAAUAAGUAACUAUGAGCAGCCUUUCUCAUCACUCGGAUUAUCACGUAUAUGUUGUUAAAUCAUCACAAAGUGUAAAAAUGUUAUCCAAAUGUGCACCGUUUUAAACAUACACAACUGAAAAUGUGCAAGUAUGCACAAAAUUGAUAACGACAAGAAACUGUAUAAAUAUGCACAAUACUGUAACAGGAAAGCUUCAAAAUGAGUUAUAUGAACAGUGACCCUACAUACUGUGCCACAUAUGCCAAGUAAGUGACCGAAAUAGUGAAUCGACUUUAAACCUUUAUAAACUU